GCAAUCCUCUUCAAAGUCUGGCAGUUGGCGAUACCAGGGGGUGAUCCACCUCCAGAACAAAUGUGGCUAGCCCCAGCACCCAAAGCGGGGGAUCAAUUGGAUCCACUCCGUAAGCCGCACGCCGUGGCAGGGCUAGAACUCGCCACGCCGGGGGUGUGCAGAGAGCCAGUUGCGCCUGUCAGAGACACCCUGUCCUCCACCCCCGCUUUCUUAUCACUAUCCGGCAAAUAUCGUGUGCAGUUGUAUGUUGCAAUGUUUGAGUUGGAUCGUGACAGGGGGUUUUUGAUUAACGCGACCGUGGGCGUCGGCGAAAUGAAUCGUGGAAUCGACGCUACGCACGACAAGGGCAGGGGUAAACAUCCCUGAACAACACAGAAAAGGGACUUAUUGCACGCCUCUUUUUAGAUCGAUGCGGCCAAAGCGGGGAGCGGGCGCCAGCAAGAACUGGCACCGCUACAGGCUUCCUAAUUAGGAUAAAACCCAGUCCCACAAAGGUGGACCCGGCCUGGGCUAGGCUGCAUUGCGGACGUUGGCAGGCGAGUAAUUGCUGUUAAUUGGUGGGGCCCAAAUUAGGCAACCGGUCAGCCGGGUCCCGGCUUGCGACAUGGGGCGCGUUCCGUGUCGAUUUGCCCGGCCUUUCGAGUGCCCCCUUGUUGCCCAACUUUAAUCCUGAUUCCGCAUAGCGCGCGCUAAAGUGGUACCUUGCUUUGACGCUGCAACCCGUGGACGCGACGAGCACCCAGAGAAUCCGCACUUGCGCUUGAGUCAGCAAAUUACUGCACUAAAGCGCAGUGGGUCGCCACCCCUCCCAUCCGCUGAAACCCGGAUUCGAACCCUGGCGCAUCCAUUUCUUUGCUUUUUCUUGUGCAUUGUGAUUACCACGGCUCUGGUAUUGCUUUCCCUCCAGCCAUGUCACCCUGCACUAUUGUGUGCGCCGAGCGGUACGGGAGGAGGGAAAGCGUGGGGAUUGCUUCAUGGCAGGCCGUCCUUGGCCCGCUCUCGAUGCUUUCUCCAUCACAGAGCCGGCUACGCCUACCCAGCGGCGUGGCACUUCCUCGGAGUGGCGGUAGGAAAAACAUCGUUACUGUCACCAGGGGGGUGUUGCAACCUCGCAAACUGCCCGAAUCAAGUGUGUCAAUACGAAGCUAAAAUUGUUUGUUGGUAGACGCAAGCGCGAAUAGCUCCAAAAUGCAACUUUAGGCUCACUGUUAAUAGGUCGAGCCGGGGAGCCUGGUCGGAGAGGUACCGCCGGCGGGGGUGAGCGAGAUGGUGGGUGGCCUGUGACCUCUGCCUGCUGGAACUGCCAGGUGCAUAAAUUCCCCGUAGGGCUGUGUAGCCCGCUGCCCUUAAACGCCGGCUCCGGAGCCACAGGUUCAGCUUCUUCAGGUUCGUUCGAACGGUAUCCUUCCGGUCUAGCAAAGUUUGGGUUUACCAGUCCCGGUCGCCAUGGCCUCAUCAACAACAGCCGGCGGGGGCACCCAGCCGCUGUCGGUCACUUACGAGGGCUACGUCGGGACCACGAUGGAUGCUCUCAUCAUUUUCGAGGCCUGUUUACAAGGCUCUCUGUACUGCGUCCCACGCCGACCGUACCAUUACGAGCGAGAGACACUGAUCAGGAGCGGCGCCGUUUUCGUUUACGAGGAGUGCUUAUCGGGUAUUAAGAGGUGGACGGAUGGCUACAAUUGGAGUCCCAGCCGGAUACUCGGCAACUUCCUAAUUUACCGCGAGCUCGAAGGACCGUUCCCAAUCGGGGAGAAGAAGCGAGCGCGAAAGCCAAAAAAGAACACGCCCUCCGAGACGGCCGAGAGCGCAAGAGCGGCGGCAGCCAUGGGCGCGACCAACAGCCAGGCAGCAAGUCUGGGGGAUGGCGAGCAGAGCCGGGCCGAGUCGGAGCAAUCGCUAAUCGGGUCGCUUAUUGACUCGUACCCUUUCAAAGAGGGCGGCUUAGUCAAAAAGACGAUCAGCGUCCAGUGGCGGGGCGCGUUUUAUCGUUUUAUUUCAUACUACAAACCUGAAGACGUGCUAGCCAAGAAGCUCCUAUCACCCUCAGACCACCUCUGGCUUAGCAACAUCACCCCUCGCGCGGAGCUUUUCACCAAACAAAGUUUCCGCAACCUCGUCACGGCCUUGGACCCCAUAUAUAUCUCACACCUCCGGAGCGAGCCUGGGUCCGAUUAUCUGCACCCCCACAGCGGCCUUCCCAUGCCCACAGCAGCAACUGGGUCGAUAUCUCCGCCGGCCUGUACUCCCAUCAUUCCACAGGUCAUGUAUCAACCGUUCUUUCUGCCGGUCUCCCACGUGCCCUGUCGAGCUGCGUAUACACAUUACGAGGCGCCGAAGGAGCAUUACGGGCCCCCCAACGGCCGCUACGAGGCGCACGCCGGUAAUACACUUGGCAUGUCGAACCUUACGGCAUCUAUACCACCUAAUAUAAAAGAGUGGUGGGAUGUUUGGGGGUAGACAUGGGGGGGGGG